GCUCUCAUCGUUGAUUGGGUACAUAUUCUGUAUGUUUAUCGCCUAUGGAUAGUCAGCAAGGGCCGAUCAAGAACUCUUCCAAUAACAGCGAGCAUACUCGUGGUCCUAAGUAUAGGUGCUGGCAUCGGUGAGAGUCUUAGAGUAUUCUUGUUGUUGGCUGAUCAUCUUAAUCCAUUUCGACUCAAUCACAGCACUUCUUUGGGUAUUACAUCGAUGCCAUAUGUUCACGGACCUAUUCAAAACCGAGUGGGCGGCAUACAUUGCUUUGGGCAUGAUUACUGUUGUCGAUAUCUUUGUCGCAUCAUCGCUAUGCUAUCUCCUCGCUACGUCCCGCACUGGGUUCUCUAGCAUGGAUUCCUUCAUAAAAACGCUCAUAGCUUACACCAUUAACACCGGCUGUGUGACGGGUAUAUGUUCAGUGGCAAUUAUAAUUACAUGCGCAGUGAUGCCACACAAUUUCAUCUUUCUCGCUGUCGAAUUUUUACUAGCUAAAUUAUAUGUCAACUCAUUCCUCGCACUCCUGAACGCGCGACACUACUUGCAGGCCAAUGUGGAUACCAUCGAUUCUUCCGACCUCCGUUCCCAUUUUCGCCAACGCCUCUACCGGACUGGAACCACACAUCGAGUAUCGCAAGGCGAGGAACUCCAAGCAUCCCGGAAGAACCCGUGGAAACAUGGCGGAGAUGAAGAGUCCAGUCGAUCUGUGCAAGCUGACAUGCCUCAGCGUCCGGCGAUUGCGGUGACGGUGGAGAUAACUUCUUUCUCCGAGUCGUCACCUUGAGGGAUCGUGAGACUACAAAGCUACACAAUGUGGGGAACGAAAGGAACCUAUUCCACUACUUCUCCACUGUGCCCGCCGACACUAGACGCAAGGGGCCGACUUCAAUAUUGAUCAAUAUCGAUGACGAGAUCGGACCUCAGCCACAUCGUCCUACCUUUGUGCAUUCUGAUGUGCUAAGCCCUUGACACACCUUCAACACCGAAACGACUGAGCGCCAAGCAAAUUUGUGUAUCAGACCUCUAGAACCGCAUCACAAGGUAAGGUAUAUACCUAGUCAGAUCCUCAUAUCCUCGCGCUCCGAGGGAGCCAC